GUGCUCACGAGUUUGAAACAACAUGGAUGUCGACCUCCAGUCAGUUGCAGACACCAGAGAAAGUAGUUCAUGUAUGAAAGACUGUGUGGUGAGGGACCCUGAACGUACAGUCUUAAGGAACCGAGGACUACCCAGCAAGAGACGCUAUGACCCUCUCCCAGAUGCUGGUGGAUCCAGAGAAGUAGCAGCUGAGAAGGCUGUGCGGGCCAAAAGGACCAAACAUUUGAGCGUGAUAACAAGGGUCAAAGCCACCAAGGUGUCAGGCAAGGCUUCAUUGGCUAAGAGGACGAAACGCACGACAAGUGCCAAACUGGAGACCCAUAAAGAGCGUCAGAGGGUCAAAGCCUCUGAGAUAUCAGUGAGGGCUGGACUGGUUAAAGGGACCAAACAGAAGACCGCCACAAAACCAGAAACCCUUCUAAGGAAGCGAAGGAUCAAGACCACCAGCGUUCCAAUUAAGGUCCGGCCCGCUAAGGGGACCAAGCGUAAAGCCGGUACCAAAUCUGAGACCAUUGUGAAGAAGCAGAGAUUUGAAACCACCAAGGUGUCUAUGAAGAUUGUUCAAGCAAAUGUAUCUAAACGGAAGGCUGUACCCAGACCGCAGACCCUCAUGAGUCAGCGCCAAGGUAAAAGUAAUGCACAGACCUUAAUGAGGAAGCACCGAUGUAAAACCAAACCUGAGACCCUCAUGAGAAAGCACAGAGGUAAAACCAAACCAGAGAUGCUGAUGCGGAAAACAAAGAGUAUAGCCAAAAUGGAGACCGUGUCUGGGAAUCGAGGGGGUAAGGUCCAACUGGACAGGCAGAUGCGUAGUCGAGGGAGUAAUGGCAACCCCGAGAUUCGAGCAAGGAGACAAAGGUGUCCAACCAAAUCUGUGAAGACUCUCCCUGGGACCAAAGGGAGGGUCGACACAAAACCGAGACUGCUUAAAAAUAAGCAGAGGGUGAGAGCCGCCAAUGGGUCAGUGAAAGUCAUGACGUCUCAAGGAACUAAACGGAAAGCCAGUACAAAACCAGAGACCCUAACAAGGAGUCAGUGGCUCAAAGCCACCCAGACGUCCAUGGUCCAACAUGCCGAAAAAAGACUCUUGCCCACGACCGGUCACGCCUCGCUUGAGUUCAAGUAUCAGCAGCUCGAGAAGAUCGGCGAAGGAGGCUUCGGAUCGGUCUAUGCGGGCUACCGGAAAACAGAUUCUUUUCCUAACAUAAAGGGGAGGAAUCACGACGUCCCCCUGGAGGCGCUGCUCAUGCUGCAGGCGUCGUGCAUCAAGAACGCAGACGGGAAAUCGGCUGUCGUGUCUCUGAUGGACAAAUACGACUUCGAUCAAGAGCUGGUGCUGGUCAUGGAGAAGCCGGCGCGGUCCGUGGAUCUCUUCACGUACAUCACCAGAUGUCGGCUUGGAGACCUCAAGGAGAAUGAGGCAAAGAACAUCAUGAGGCAGUUGGUGGACGCCGCCAUCAAAAUGCACGCCGUCAACGUCUUCCAUCGGGAUCUCAAACCGGGAAACAUUCUCCUGGAGGCCACCUACGGCGUCCCCCGAGUGCGGGUCAUCGACUUCGGCUGCAGCUGCUUUGUAACCGAGGAGCCUUAUCAUGAUUACACUGAAAAGUCGGCUGGAACAAGUUUGGCUCUGAUCAACCAAUCGGAGGACGGGAAAAUGCUGAUGUCAUCGAGGGCCAGUGCGCUGGCCCUGUGA